AAGUGUGGUGCAUCGAGAUAGCUAGAACGGGAACUAAACUCUGUUGAGACAGUACAGUGGUGAUUUGUCCAACGGAAUCUCGCUUUGUGGACAGUAUUUUAUAGGACAAUGGAUCGUAACUUAAGGCACAUACCACCAGCAUUGUUGUUGAGAAAGUGUAUCGCUCAGGGCAACCGUUCAGUGGAAAGAUUUAGCAUUUAUCACUGAGCCGGUUGAAAGUGUUUUACAAACAAUCAGUGAGUACAUUUACUCGUGAAAUAUGUUAUCUCCAGUGUUUUGAUAAAACUGCCUUUUCACUGGAGGAUACCAAAGGGAGGUAACCGGUAUGGGGUUAUAUCCAAUGGAGGCUCGCUUUGUUAUCAACGGUUUAUAUUCAGGAGUGCUUUGGAGCAAGUCGUGGAUUCACAGCCUCGCGUGAGAGAGGAUGACUUGUGGAAUUACUUUUGCAGUUUUCGAAAUAAUGCGAGAGAUUCACAUAAGACUUCAAACCGGGCCGGCGUUAUCUGACUACCACGAUGGAGUUUGUCAAUAUGUCGCAUGUUAACGACACAAUGAGGGAUGUGGAUGCUUUGUGCAAAGACCCAGCCGGUGGAAACACAACAUGCAACAAACAGUCUCUGGGCAUCAAUUUGUCAACACCCAUUCUCAUGCUGUCAACGGGCGUCCUUGGAAACGUCCUUGCCCUUGUUGUUUUGUACACGUCCAAAAAGGAGGUCAGAAAGACGGUGUUCUUCACGAUGCUGGCUGGGUUGGCGUGGACUGACGUCAUUGGCCAGAUGUGUGCAGGACCAAUCGCAAUUAUCACAUACGCUAACAAUCUCCAAUGGCAAGGUGGAGACCCCGUGUGCAAAUACCAUGGUUUCACGAUGGUGUGUUUUGGAAUUCUUACCCCACUGUUGGUUUUGAUAAUGUCCAUGGAACGUGUUCUAGCUUUGAGGUUCUCCUACUUCUACGCACGAGUCGUAACAGUCAGAAAAGCCAAGUUUAUGAUCGUCGGCUGCUGGAUAUUUACCCUGUCCUUCUGUACUCUUCCUUUCAUGGGUCUGGGGACAUAUGCACUCCAGUUUCCCAAGUCAUGGUGCUUCUUGAAUUUUCACCGACAGAGCAACACUGACGCGGCGUUUGCCUAUUUAUUCUCCAUCAUGAACAUCCUUGUCAUCUCCCUCAUCUUUGUGGCCAACUGUAUCGUUGUCGUGACGUUGCUGCAGAUGCGGCGGACACGGAGGAUCAACAAUUCCCCAUCCAUUGACCGGAGGUUGCGCGUUAGCGGACAUCGUCACAGGAACAUACUCGAGAUGGAAAUGGAAACACAGAUGGUGUGGUUUCUUGGCGCAAUCACCAUUGUUUUCUGUACCUGCUAUGUGCCCCUCAACGUUCAUAUCCUUACAAAUCAGAUCACUGGACAAAUAGAUGUCAAAAAGGACUUGAUAAGUAUUCGUCUGGCAAGUAUCAACCAAAUUCUCGAUCCGUGGCUUUACAUUCUGUUGAGAAAAGCAAUGUUUUUCAAAUUCCUCAAAAGGGUCAAGCAAUUUGUGGCACAACGGAAACGACCAAGUUCAUCACGAAGGCAUUUUGCAGCACACAUUGAAGGAUCUCAGAACGGUUCAUUUGCUGCUUACCAGCUACAUUCUGUGUCGGGAGGGCAUCAUAACAGUCAUCAUUCUCUGAACGAGUGUGUUAUUCCCGAAAAAAUAAACACCGGAAGUGCUAUAGAGGCCACAACGAGGCCGGAGUUAAGGGACACAACUCUUAACGGAAGUAGUGACAGUGAAUCGGAUGUGUUUGUUGAGCCUCAAAAAAGGACUAAGGCGAGUUUUAUCAGUAUUGACGAGUAUAUUGCGGUACACAAGUUGAAGAGGAGGGAAUCCACUGGUGGUGGGGACAUUAAUGGGAACAAAAAGUUAAAGAGAUUAUACAGCUUACCCGUAUAUCUGAAAGGAACUGAAAACGAUUGUAUUGACACAUAGCUGUCAUGAAUAACAUUCAUCAUGUAACAUUGAUAUGUCCAUCCAAAGAAGACGACCCAUGGUCAGAUAUUCAAGAUUCUAUAAGUAUAAAGCGUCAACUUCAGACAAUGACCAGUCUCGAUUAUCCGACGAAAGAUAUUCCAUUGGGCGUAUAAGGCAACAUUGCCGUGACAAUUAUAUGAAUGGAUCACUGAAAAUCAGUGAUGACACAAGGUGUUCGACGAAAGGGUAAGCAUGUCAUGCCCUAUCCGUAGCAGCCGCCACUCUCAAAAUGUGCAUAAAAAUAUGUUUGUUGCCUGACUGCACAGCAGCUUUCCUGCCAUGCGACGGCGACGGCAUGAAAAACAGACCAGACAAUCAAGUGAUGGACCAGCAAUCAAGUCACGCGACAGCAAGCAUAUCUACAUACCAAUUGAUAUGAAGAUCGGUUAGAUUCCACAUGGUGGUGAAGACCGUUUCUGAUGUCCCUUACCGUGAUGUUGCUGGAAUAUUGCUAAACACGGCGUCAACCCUAACCCACAAACGCAGGAUCCUUCAUUAUAAACUGUCGGGCAAAAGAAAGCACCAAACCAUUUUUUAUUGUGGCUAAAACAAACAUGAAAUGGUAAUUCGAUAGUUAUGCACUUGGUACGGAUAUGAUACUUGAUUUUUGGUCCAUAAGUGUUCCGUGUUUCAAGUACUAAUUACAGGGGGCACGGGUGGCCCAGUCGUCUAAGGCGCCGCGAUUCGCUGUGCAGAGUUGCGUCCCUUGGGCACGCCUGAAAC